AUGGGGAAAAGUAGCGAGUUCUAUGGCGUCUUAGAACAACCGAAUAUACGACGAAUUUGCUUUGGGAAGUAUGAGAUAGAUUCUUGGUACGGUAAUGCUGCAUACUUUGGUGCCGAUCAUAAGACUUUAGGAUACAAAAAAAUAACGGCAAAUGAAAAAAAUGGCCAGCUUAUUACAGCGAUGAGAAAGCCAUCGUUGAAUGGUCAUAGUACUACUCAAAUAGAUAACACUACUGACACCGCAAGUACCACCCCGCAAUCACAAUCUCUGCAGUAUUGGUUAGACAAGCUUUACGUUUGUGAGUAUUGCUUCAAAUAUACCGAUGUGGAGCAAGAAUGCCAGGCUCAUAGGAUUUCUUGCACGUUCAAUAAGACAUACCCCCCAGUUGGUAAGCUAAUGUAUAGAGAUGAGUACUCACAGUAUAUCAUAACGAAAGUUCGAGGUUUUGAAAAUGUUUUAUUCACUCAGAACUUAUGUCUAUUCGGCAAGCUAUUCUUAGACAACAAAUCAGUGUAUUACAAUGUAGAUCCGUUCGACUUUUAUAUAGUGUACGGGCAUGAUCCCACAGACGAUGAAUCAUCCAAUCUCAAGUUCAAGCCCAUGGGAUUCUUUUCCAAAGAGGUACUUUCUUGGGACUGUGACAAUAAUUUAGCGUGUAUCUGUGUAUUCCCUCCAUUCCAAAGAAAGGGCCUUGGGAACUUAUUGAUUGAGUUUCUGUAUGAAUUGGCAGCUGUAACAGCUGGCCAAAAAUUCAGUGGGCCAGAGUUCCCAUUAUCACCAUUUGGAAAGAUUAGCUACUACAAUUACUGGUCCAAGAAGUUAACGUUAACCUUAUAUGAGCAUAUUAUAAAAGAAGGCAUAAUUUCGUUCAAUCUAACCGAAAUUGCCAAUCUCACGGGUUUUAGAAGAGAAGAUAUACUUAUUACUUUAGAGUACAUGAAGGUGUUGCAUCGUAGUAGUAGAAAAAGAGCAUCCUCAAAGGGAAGCACUACUAAAAGUGAAGACGAGAAUGUAUAUUUUUCGAAGGCCAAUUUUCAAAAGUGGUGUUCAGAUAAUCACAUCGACGUCAAACAAGAGAAAAGUAUGUUAAAUCCUAACUAUUUGGUUUUAUAA